AUGUCUCGUAAUGCUCUUUAUCCUUACUCCUACCAAUACUUCUUCACACUUAAAUGUGUCGAAACUGCCCAUAUAGAUGCUUCCGGGCAGCAUGGUCAACUCUACAAUGCACGAGUGGGCAGUGAGGAGUAUGAGAGGUACGGUGGUCCACAUUUGGAGCCUUCCGAGAUGCUCCUGAAGUACCACUUGCAGUGGCCUUCCUUCGCCAUGGAUGCUUGCCAAUGGGUGGACAGAGACAUCUACGUCCAGUGCCCUCGGGAGGCGCUAGUAAAUCAUGUCUGGCGUCUUGAGCGCGCGCACCUACUGCACCACAUUGCAGAGCACCGUGUCCCUGCCUCUUUAGAUGCAGUCGAUUUUCGGCAGGAGUGGAGCACCAUAAAGACGAUGCUCGAUGACAAGUUCGUUGAUCGCUGGAAUGUCAGAUGUCGCGGAACUACUUUGGUGAAUGCUUUCGAGUUUUGGCACCGAAGAAAUUUUAGCAAGAUCUUCAACGAUUGGAUCUCCGGGCCUGGCAAAGAAUACAGGUGCAAAUGCUGCAAGAAGGAGGACGAUUCGCCAAGGAACGAGGUCACGCUGUUGCAGGCACCCGGGACCUCAGUGUUGCCUUGGUAUGCCGGACAUGCCCAGGCAGAGGAGAUGUCAGAGAAGGACUACAACCAGAAGCUCCUCAAAGUCACCUUAAGAGUGCAGCGCCACUGGCGCGUCGUCACUGCGAGGAAGGUCUUCGCGAACAAGGCAGCUGCCUCGUAUACCGGCAGUACCGCCGACAAGCAGACCUUCUUGCUCCACUGGCAGGCGAAGUAUAUCAUCGCGAAUAACCUUCCGGCUAAUGAUGCCCACUGGGAUUCCGACGAUCCCGCGUGGAUUGGGAAAGCUUCCAUGUCGAAGCGCCAUCGAUUUCUUAUUCGGCGGAACCUGCAUUGGCGGUGGUUUAAUGCACUCGUUUUUGGCAUGAUGGAUGAGCAAGAACGAGUUUUUCCGAUGAGCACGUGUGCUCAAGACGCGCUUUCGGAGAUCAGAAUGAUGAAGGAAGCCGCGCUCACUUGGGUGAAUGGUGCUCGCGAGAGUGAGGGCUGGUCUCACAACGUGGGAUUGUUCUUUCAUGUCUACGGCCACAACAGUGUCAAUUCCCUGCAUCUGCAUGUGGUCGAUCUGGACUUCACUGGACCCAGCUUUGAGAGUCAGCAGUUCAAGAAUCUGCCAAUCGAUGCCGUUCUCCAGGUACUGUCGCAGGAAGUUGCGGGGACAUCCGACCGCUGCGAGACCAGCUCAAUGAGCUCUUUGCCGGCAAUCGACGAGUCGAUUGACUUGAAGCAGGAGACUGUCAAAGCGAGUCCUGUUCUGAAUGAUGCUGAUAUGUACCGACGAGCGCGGCAGAAGUUGUACGAGCUGGGGGGCGUGCGCGCUUUGCGGGACCAGUUGAGGAGACAAGGCUUCCUAAAGGCUGGCAGCCCGAAGCUGACCACAAGCAACAAGCCGUUCAAUGUUUUUGCACGCUUGGCGUACCAAGACACUGUUGGACGAGCCCUCUACGCUUCUGACACCACUUUUAACAAGAUCACCGGAAAAUCUGAGGGGCUCUCUCCUAAAAGCGGCGCUUCUUCGGCUCUCUCUUGA